CCUUUUACUGGAUAUGGAACCCGAGGAGAUCUCGUACCUUGGGAUCAGUCCUCAUGGAGCUUGUUCGCCGAUCGAUAAUAGAACAUAGGUCGCUCCAAAGACAUUCCUGUGGAAUCAGACAGCGAACCACCAAAUGAAAUGGAAAUGGAGCCACUUAUGGAGCAGGGUUGCCUUUUUCUCUUGCCCACAGCCUAUAAGACAGCGCUUACAGCACCUGAGCUUGGACUCCCCCAGUUUAAUAAUGAUAAUACUUACCCUUUAUAGACUGACAUCCGAUGAAAAGAAAGCUCCAUCAGUCUUGAGAUCUUUUAAACCCAUGAAAGCAGAUUCUUCUCCUUGUUUUCAGCAGCCUAUUGGUGCGACACAUAAAUCCGGGGGGUAUAAUAAAAAGAAAUCAAAAAAAAGAUCUACAAGAAUCUGUCCCUUACCACCUUUCCGUUCUGCGUGGUUGGGGAAGCAAGGAAUGUCGUACUUGGAGUACUACUUGGUAGCGAGUGUGCCAUCUUGCAGGAAUCCUGCCAGAUGGGAUCCGACCGACCGACCGAACAUUCUCCGAGAGAUAAAGUUCCUUCGGCAGAGAUGCUGUCCGUCGCUGGAUCAUGGUGCUCUUGAUGCUGUCGAAUCAUAACCCCAAGACUUGAUCAAAGACCCAUCGUGUCGACUUCGACGGACGGCCUUGGGGAAUCCACCUUUCUCCUGACUCCACAUGUCACUGAUU